AUGUCAAUGCCACUGCAUCGUGGCAUCUCCGGUGUACGAGUUUCCGACAGCAGUGACGACUUGAGAGACUCGCAAAUGAAGGACAAAACAGAGAAGGAAGAUUUGGUCCGAGGCCGGUCCACGGAUAACAACAACAGCAACAGCAACACUCACUUAACCUUGAGGUUUCCUUUUAGUUUCCUCUUCAGCAGCAACCAAGCUUCUUCGAAACACGGCGAAAACGCUUUCCUCGCAGAUCCUUACACCGCGAGGAGCAGACACAGACUGGUGCUGAUGUUUCUCAAGUUCAGUUUGGUUUUCAUCGUGGUGGCUGCUCUCGCUGGAUCUCUCUGGUGGACGGUUUCCAUAUCGACCUCGUCGAGAGGUCAUGUAUAUCACAACUAUAGGAGAUUACAGGAGCAGCUUGUUUCAGACUUGUUGGAUAUUGGGGAGAUUUCUAUUGGUCCUAGUAGGUGGAAAGAGUUGGAGUAUUGUACUGUAGAAUCCGAGACUUACGUUCCUUGCUUUAAUGUUUCCGAGAAUCUCGCGCUGGGAUACUCCAAUGGUGAUGAGAACGAUCGGUUUUGUGGGCCUGGGUCGAAGCAGGACUGUUUGGUGUUACCACCGGUUAAGUAUCGGGUUCCUCUUAGGUGGCCUACUGGUAAAGAUGUCAUCUGGUAUCAUAACGUCAAGAUUAACGCUCAAGAAGUGUUGUCCUCUGGUAGUUUAACCAAAAGGAUGAUGAUGAUGGAUGACGAUCAGAUAUCUUUCCGUUCUGCAUCUAUGUUUGAUGUCUUGGAUAUUGGAUGUGGUUAUGGUAGCUUUGGAGCACAUCUACUCUCCAAACAGAUAUUAACCAUGUGCAUAGCAAACUACGAAGCAUCAGGCAGCCAAGUUCAGCUAACACUUGAGAGGGGUCUACCUGCAAUGAUUGGUUCUUUCAUGUCAAAGCAGUUGCCGUAUCCUUCUCUCUCCUUUGAUAUGUUGCAUUGCUCAAGCUGUGGCAUCGACUGGGACCAGAAAGACGGGCUUCUCCUUGUAGAAGUGGACAGGGUUCUGAAGCCUGGAGGUUACUUUGUGUGGACAUCUCCGCUCACAAACGCUCGUAACAAGGAGGAUCUUAAAAGAUGGAACUUUGUUCAUGAUUUUGCUGAAAGCAUCUGUUGGAAACUUUUAUCUCAGCAGGACAAGACAGUUGUCUGGAAAAAGACAAUCAACACUAAAUGUUACAGUUCCCGAAGUCCUGGGGUGGGGCCUUCAGUGUGUAGCAAAGGGCACGACGUAGAGUCUCCUUAUUACAGGCCGCUUGAGAUGUGUAUUGGUGGAACUCGUAGCCGGAGGUGGAUUCCCAUUGAAGCCAGGAAAAGAUGGCCUAGCCGGUCUAACAUGAACAAGACUGAACUUUCACUAUAUCGUAUUCACCCGGAUGAGCUUGGAGAAGACGCUGAGAACUGGAAACUAACAGUAAGAGAAUACUGGUCUCUCUUGUCUCCUCUGAUAUUCUCUGAUCAUCCCAAGAGACCCGGCGAUGAAGAUCCGUCGCCGCCUUAUAACAUGCUCAGAAACGUUUUGGACAUGAAUGCUCAGUUCGGCGGUCUCAAUUCCGCGUUGCUGCAAGCAAGGAAAUCGGUCUGGGUCAUGAAUGUCGUCCCUACCGCUGGACCUAACCACCUCCCGAUGAUCCUCGACCGUGGCUUUGUCGGAGUUUUGCACGACUGGUGUGAAGCCUUCCCGACAUACCCGAGAACAUAUGACCUGGUGCACGCAGACAAUCUUUUGACGCUUCAGACAAGUCAGCGCCGAGGCACAUGCUCGCUCCUGGUUAUACUCACUGAGAUUGACCGAUUGCUUCGCCCAGAGGGAUGGGUGAUAAUCCGGGACACGGCGCAGCUGGUGGAAGCGGCUAGAGCUUUGACGACGCAGUUGAAGUGGGAGGCUCGAGUCAUUGAGGUUGAAAGCAGCAGUGAACAGAGACUUCUCAUCUGCCAAAAACCUUUCUCCAAGCGACUAUCAAUCUGA